GGAACUCUCCCCGGGAGGCGAUUGUCGCCAUCACACAGGGCGGUUCUAGAACCCGGGGCCGCCCGGGGCCCCAUCGUUCAGGAGCCCCCGGGUGGCCAAGACGGAGGGGCUGGAUGUCCCUCCAGUUCUGUGGCUGCCAGAGGGGAGCCGAGUGAAGGGAGCCCGGAGCCACGGCCCCGGAUGAGCCUCGCGCCGCCUGACUGCUAGCCGGCCCCCGCACCGGACAGAACCCCACAGAGGACGCCAUGACUUCGGAAGAGGUAUGGGUGGGCUCCUGGCGGCCCCAUCACCCUCGGGGGCCCAUCAUGGCCCUCUACACCAGCCCGGGCCCCAAGUACAUGAUCCCAGGAACCACAGGUUUCGUGAAGCACACCCCGACCAAGCUGAGGGCGCCGGCCUUCAGCUUCCGCGGGGCGCCCAUGGUCCUGGCGGAGAACUACUCCCCGGGGCCCCGCUACAGCGUGAACCCCAAGAUGCUCCGGACCGGCAAAGACACGGGUCCUGCCUACUCCAUCCUGGGGCGCUACCAGACCAAGACCAUCACGACCCCCGGCCCUGUACUGUCCAGAGAAGUCCAUCAAGUACAUAUUCAACUCGUCGCCCAGCCACUCCAUCUCGGCCAGGACCAAGUCCUUCCGCGUGGACAGCACCCCAGGUCCAGCCGCGUACAUGCUGCCGAUGGUGAUGGGGCCGCACACGGUGGGCAAAGUGUCGCAGCCCUCCUUCUCCAUCAAGGGCCGGAGCAAGCUGGGCAGCUUCAGCAACGACCUUCACAAGACCCCGGGCCCUGCCGCCUACCGCCAGACGGACAUCCAGGUGGUCAAGUACAAGGCCCCGCAGUACACCAUGGCCGCCCGGAUCGAGGCCGUGGCCGACAAGACCUUGAAGCCGGGCCCGGGCGCGCAUAGCCCCGAGAAGGUACUGAUGACCAAGCCCAGCGCCCCCCUCCUCAGCUUUGGAAUCAGGCAUUCGGACUACAUGACCCCCCUGAUCCUGGAUCUGGAGUAGGCCCUGCCCCACGCCAGAGCCGGCCGCGCGGGCAGCCUCCGGCCGCCAUCAUGAUCGUGUGCACAACAGAUUUGCCUUGUAUCGGGAGAGAGCCUCUGCUGGCGAUCAGAGCCUCUUUCUUGCAAUCAGGUGACAGCUUGGGCCAGGCCGGGCACCCUGGGACAGGGCCUCGCAGGCUAAGGAGCUGUGAAUGCCAUUUAUUUUUUCUAGGAUGGAGUUUAUUAAUUUUGUUUCCAGCUGUGCCUGGAGGUUUAAUAAAUCACCCAUUGUACCGAG